UUUGAUCAUCGGUUAUUAUUUUCCCAAAAAAAAAUAAAACUAGUGCCAUCAGCAGAGUGCUCUAAAUUAGGAAUGUUUUAGAAGCUCGUAAGGAUAAAAGAACAUGGAAGGUGAUCGAUUCCUAAUGGCAGCGGGUGUAACCGCUGCCGUCGUCGUAGGUGCUUUUGUAUUCUGGGGCCCCUCUGGUAACUCUCGAUUACGUCAACGACGCGGACAGAUUGCCGGAUUGCAUAACUUUGGGAAGACUUGCUUCCUGAACACGCUCCUACAGGCCCUGGCCGCUUGUCCGCAGUUCAUCGCAUGGCUGCAGUUGCACAAUACCAAAGACAAGAAAACACUGGUCAGCUCGUUGCAGAAUGUGCUGGAGGUGGUCAACGGGACUCAUCCGACGCUGCGCGGGGAUCCGUAUUCACCGGGAGCGGUCAUCCGGGCGUUAAAUACUUUGGGCUGGGUGAUCCCACCAGACGAGCACGAUACGCACGAAUUGCUACAUGUUUUGCUGAACUCAUUGGAGGAAGAGGUGACGAAACCGAAGAAGAUCGGUUGCCUGUCCGAUGCCCUUGGGGAGGAGGAAUUGAUGGCUAUGAUGCCUCCGGCAAGGCCAUCGAGUGCCAUGCUUUCGGAUUUUUGCAACGCCGAGUACGAUGAAUCUACCAAUUUGACGCGGUAUGCUCGCUCGGAAGCGCACACUCCGGAUUCACCUCACUCGACUUGUACGGAUACGGAGGAUUCGAUGGCCGCGCAUGAUGGGUCUCUCUUGGAUUGCGCCGGGUCGCCUCCGUCGAUAAUUUCUACCUUUUCGGGACGUCCGAGCAGACCGAAAUCGAUUCUGGCCUCGGAUAUGGGCCGGAAUGGCACGUUAGACAAGCGGUCUUCUGGGUCGUGCAGGUCUCUGGAAAGGCUAAUGCGCGGUCCAGGACGGGUUUCGGUGUGGGGAGAUCGUCAGCAGAUUCAAGUUCCUCACCCGUUCCGAGGAGGUUUGAGCAGUCAGCUGUGCUGCUCCGGCUGCGGGUAUAAAUCCGUUGUCCGGUACGACAAAUUCGAUAGCGUCACUCUUUCCUUACCGGAAAUCAAAAAUCCUGGAAUUUCGGUUGGAAGUCUUCUGACGGAAUUCAUACAACCGGAAACUCUCAAUGGGGUCCAGUGUGAAUCCUGCAACGAAACGACCACCCACACGAAAACUCUCACCUUUAGCAAGCUCCCUGCUUGCCUGUGCAUUCACAUCGCCCGAACUACGUGGCUCCCGACGGGGCACGCCUAUAAGCGGCAAGAUUUUGUCCACUUUCCGGAAACCCUCUCGAUGGCUCCGUACAGCUUCGUGCAGCCAAGUCUGAACAGUGCCAUGAGUACACCGUGGGGAUCGACCAUGUCCCUGUAUUCGGCCAGUCUGGGAGCGGCCGCUUACGAAGCCUCGAUGGGCGGUGGACCGACGGAACAGUCCACGCCAGUCGGAUCGGUAGGCAGUUCGUUCAACUUCGGUUCGUACACAUUCGGGGCCAUGUUUCCGAAGAACCUUUACCGACUGUUGGCUGUAAUCGUGCACUCGGGUGAGGCGAACAGUGGCCACUUUGUGACGUACAGACGGGGGGCGCUGCGGAGUUCUCACAAGUGGUACUACACUUCGGACACGGUGGUGAAGGAGGUGAGUAUUGAGGAAGUGCUCAGCACGCCGGCGUACAUGCUGUUCUACGAUCGGGGACCGUCAUCCAAGUACACCCAACCGGGUGGAAGCGCUGGAGGAGGAGGAGGCAUGGGAGGUUCUUCCGGGAUGGGACAGUAGGAUUUUAAGGUAGGUUUUUAGUAGAGAACACGGUAGAAAUCGUAGAGCGACGUUGUAGAAAGAGUUCCAAAGAAUUUCCUAAAACAGAUAAAACUACAUUUUCCACCGGCUACAAAGAAGAUAUUAUUACAACACAGAGAAUUUAUAAAGCUAACUAACUGAACAGCAUUACUCAAACUGAUGGGAUGAAUCCAAUCGAGUCGAAGGCAUUUAUUUCAAGACUUGUAGAAGACCCUGCUAGGUACUAUUUAUAAGAUGUUGAGUUCCAGAACGUGCACAAUAGAUGUUCGUGUGCCGGUCUACCUACUUACAUACUAGCUUCAGUGUAAAUAGUAUUUAUACUAAAUAUAGCAGAACUAAAACUACUGCUUCUACUGCAACGGUCAAGGCUACGGAAUUUGUUUCAAGAGUAAUAGAAUUCGCCUGUUUGUUGGUGGCAAGUACACUUGGUAAAACUCCUCAAAUGCGUAGGAGUUCAGAAAAUACCAGGCCAGUGACAAGACCUAUAGACCUAUACUCUUGCCCUGGGUAUAGUUGAGCGGACAAAAUUCAGCAAGAGAGAGAAAUACACUGAACGAAAACAUCAGCGAUACUUCGAAUGAUUAUUGUAUUGCUCGAGCACUUUAACAUUAUGCUUUCGAAUUUCGGAUGGUUGCCUUAUGGUUGAAUUCGUCAUCAACUGAGGAGCAUCCGUAUGACUGUCAUACAGAUAAAGGAUGAUAUUUAUUUGAAAAUUUGCUGAAAACGAGGGCGCCAUUGUUACAAAUCGACUUCAGCUGGUAUGGAAAAGCUUUGGUCGAAUCGGCUAGAGCAUGAUUGAACACCACAACAAAACUUACGAUAAAAUCAUGCGAGCUUUAUUUUUCCCACCCAUUCUUUUCCUAACUCCUGAGCUCCUGAUUCCUCAAACUUCCCAGCUGAUUCUUCACAUACUUCUUCAAUAUUGCUCGGGUACUCACGGCUACCGGAACUUCGCUGUCAUUCUUCGUGCUUACCCUUAGCACACGUGGUCUCGCUUGCACAUGCACAUACCGGACGAAAUCCAUGCAGCUACGACGUAAAAGCGCCGUGCGUGCUCCACCUGGACCGGCUUCAAUAACCAGACGACGUCAAGCGGCAAGGUUAGGACGCUCUGUCAUCCUGUCCAUCACACGAUCCCGACGAUGGUGGCUUUCCUUCAAUCCAACCGAGCCGAUCCUUUUCAGUGGUGCGGCGAUUGCAAAAGUCAAUGCGAUCCCGACUCGUUCCUCACCAUGUUGUUACGGCGCUCUUGUUGGACAGUUUGG